AUGGAUUGCGCCGGAAAGGGGCGUGGAACUCGGUGCAUGGGCUCAGCUCGUAGGCGCUGCGGUCGGUGUGGUGCUGUUGCUUAUUGCUCGGUCUCUCAUCAGAUGUCGCACUGGAAUGAGCAUAAAGAAGAGUGUGAAAGAUUAGAGAAGCAAAUGAAGCAAGUAGGUGUCUUGAAUGAUUUCCCUUUUACUUUUUCUCAAGAAGCUACUUCUCAGGUAGGUGUGGGAAAAGCAAGGGAGCCAAAGGAUGAUAGUUGGAAUCUCCCCAGUGACCUAUGUCCAUGUCAUGGGCCCAUAUCACCAAUAUCGGAGUGUUUAAGCAGUUGGCUGGAUUACUAUGAGUGGAGGUGCAUUCCUCUACAUUCACCUGUUGCUUUACUUCUUCACUGGCCACUUACAAUUUACCAUGCUGCCCAAAUUGCUUGUGUAAGGAACUUGAUUGUUGAAACUCAUAAACUGUGCAUACACUAUCUUGGGCCUGAAAAAGAGCUUCUACAACUUGCUGCCUUUGGAGAGUUGCUUGCUUUGUUCCCUGGUGUGCAGGUGCAUAUAGAGUUUAUUGGACCCGCAAUUCCACAACAUAGGGACGGUGAGAAGAUUGUUCUAUGCAGUUGUGCCCAUUGCAUGGAUGCAGAUUGCAUUUGCAAAUCCUCAAGUGAGAAUCUCAGCCGUGUUGCAACCACCGGUAAAUCUACAUCAAUGACAAUACAGCUUCGCAGUGGAUUUUACCACGACCAUUACAGGGAUUUAGCUGAGGUCUUCUUCCCACCUGAUUUGUUUCCUCAUUUAGUGAUUGCUCCAAAUGCUGGUGUUGCUGCAUAUCCAAGCUGGUUGCCUACUAUUGAACUGAUAAAGAAGAUGAAUGUCACAGCAAUAUUUUCUGAUUAUUGUGAAGAAGCUUGUCAUCUAGCUGCUUGCUGCAUAAAAAGUGGAACUGGCUGUUCUCUCUCACUUCCCCAGUCAUUGCUGAAGGUUCGGAAUGACAUCUUUCGUGCUGAAUGCCUGGUUAUGGAGAUUAUGCUUGGGCCUUUUGCCCAUCUCUUGCUACCACAAGAUUGGAACUUCAGAUUGUUUCAGAUUGUUCCACUUCGGAUAGCCAAAGUCAUGGGACUCGGCAGCAAGUUAGUUAUUUGCUGA